AUGUCCAGGCGAUUCUCGUUUAGCGAGGAUAACGAGGGCGACUCGUUCGAUGACCUAGACGUAUCAUUGGAUCGGGCUUUGAACAAUGCUUCCAAUAAUCUAUUUGAAUAUAAUAAAGGUCACGGACCGAACGGGUCCAGGCAAGGUUCUCAAGGCUCCAUGGGGGCUAUUCCACUUUCCAACAUGGGCCACUCAUUUGAUCGCAUCCGAGGAGAGGACGAGCAUAGCGAUAGCUCGCCUUUAAUCGCCAACCAAGCAUAUUCCACUCUCAACAGGUCCUUUUCUUCAUCUACAUCGUCUCUUAACUUAGGAGGCGGUCGAUCCCUUCCAUUUUCCUUAUCAAUCAAAAGGGCAUUCAAGAAGGGAAUCAACUUUUUCAUCAGUGCCAAGAAGGAAUUAAAUCAGGGCAGACUGGGAGUGUCGCUUCGGGAUGGCAAUGCUUCCGAUGAAAGAUACAUAUCUCCACGAAACGUGAAAUCCAAAUCUAGUGACGCCUAUCCAUCCAAUGCUGUCUCAAAUGCGAAGUACAACGCUAUCACCUUUGUGCCGAUCAUUUUAUACGACCAGUUCCGGUUCUUUUUCAACCUUUACUUCUUGUUGGUAGCAUUAUCCCAGAUCAUUCCAGCUCUCAGAAUUGGUUAUUUGUCUUCAUACAUAGUACCACUUGCAUUUGUUUUAACGGUCACCAUGAUGAAAGAAGCUGGAGAUGAUAUUGCCAGACGUCGUCGUGAUAGAGAACAAAACAACGAACUAUAUGAAGUCCUUAACCGUACUCCUAAUAAUUUAGCCCAGGACUACAAGCUUGUGCCUUCCAAAAAUUUGAAAGUCGGAGAUUUGGUCAGACUUCACAAAGACACAAGAAUCCCAGCUGAUAUGGUUUUGUUGCAGACUUCAGACAAAGAAGGGACAGGCGAGGCAUUUAUAAAGACGGAUCAGUUAGAUGGUGAAACUGAUUGGAAGCUCAGGGUUGCUUGUCCUGCGACCCAAUCGAUUACUACCGCAGCACAACUCAUCAAUACCAUUUCCAUUAUUAUAAACCCACCAACAAAGUCCAUUCAUCACUUUGCGGGAAAAUUAGUCUACCAUCCUCAAUCUGUUGCUGGCUCAGUUUCACCAACAACUGGGAAUGAAACAUAUGCAUUAACAAUAGACCAAACAUUAUGGGCAAACACGGUUUUGGCCUCGGGUACUGCUAUUGGAAUUAUAGCAUACACAGGUACAGAAACCAGACAGGCCAUGAAUACUACAAAAACUGGUGUUAAGACGGGGCUUUUGGAACUUGAAAUCAACAGUCUUUCCAAAAUUUUAUGUUUCGUGGUUGCAGCAUUAUCAGUGGGCUUGGUUUUGGCUCAUGGAUUUCCGUUGAGGGACACUUGGUAUAUUGAUAUCCUCAGAUUCUUAAUUUUAUUCUCCACGAUUAUUCCAGUUUCUUUAAGAGUCAAUCUAGAUUUGGCAAAGUCAGUUUAUGCUUCACAGAUUCACAAGGACAAUGACAUCCCUGACACUAUUGUCAGAACUUCUACGAUUCCAGAAGACUUGGGUAGGAUAGAAUACUUGUUGAGUGAUAAAACAGGAACAUUGACCCAAAAUGAUAUGGAAAUGAAAAAGUUACAUUUAGGAACUGUGAGUUAUGCAGGAGAAUCCUUGGAUAUUGUCACCGAUUAUGUUACAAAUAUGUUAACUAUUCUUGAUGCGAAGCCCACUGGAGCUACAAAAAAGAAAGAUCUUAGUUCAAAAGUAUGUGAUUUGAUUCUCACCCUAGCUCUUUGUCAUAAUGUUACCCCAACUUAUGAGAAUGAGGAUGACGAGGUCAAUGGUGAUGUGAGCUACCAAGCUGCCUCACCAGAUGAAGUUGCUAUAGUCAAAUUUACAGAAUUGGUUGGAUUAAAACUUUUUAAAAGAGAUAGAAGAUCUGUUUCUUUAUUGCAUACCAUGACCAAUCAAACCCUUGAGUUUGAGAUCUUGUAUAAUUUUCCAUUUUCCUCGGAUACCAAAAGAAUGGGUAUAAUUGUGAAGGAUAAACAUCAUGAUGAGAUCUGGUUUUUACAAAAGGGAGCAGAUACAGUGAUGUCUGCCAUUGUCAACACGAAUGACUGGCUCGAUGAAGAAACUGGCAAUAUGGCUAGGGAAGGAUUGAGAACUUUGGUCAUUGGUAAGAAGAGAUUAAGUUCUCAUUUAUACGAAAAUUUCGUUCAAGACUACAAGAAAGCUACAUUAUCUAUGCAUGAUAGAGAUUCUGCUAUGCAAAAAGUCAUCGGCCAAUACUUGGAGCUGGAUUUAGAACUCUUGGGCCUUACAGGUGUUGAAGAUAAGUUGCAACAUGAUGUCAAAACAUCUAUUGAAUUACUUCGGAAUGCAGGUAUCAAGAUCUGGAUGUUGACUGGUGAUAAGGUGGAAACAGCAAAAUGUGUAUCCAUAAGUGCAAGAUUGAUUUCGAGAGGACAAUAUGUUCAUCAAAUAACAAAGGUUAGUCAUCCGGAAUUAGCCAUGAAUCAAUUGGAAUACUUGAAGGUUAAUAAGAACGCUUGUUUGUUGAUUGAUGGAGAAUCCUUAGGGAUGUACAUGAAAUACUACAAGAAAGAAUUUUUUGAGGUCGUUAUUAAUUUACCGGCAGUCGUUGCAUGUCGGUGCUCCCCACAGCAGAAGGCUGAUGUUGCCACCAUGAUCAGAGAGAUUACUGGAAAGAGAGUAUGCUGUAUUGGAGAUGGAGGUAAUGAUGUCAGCAUGAUUCAAUGUGCAGAUGUUGGUGUUGGUAUUGUUGGUAAGGAAGGUAAGCAGGCAUCUUUGGCAGCUGAUUUCAGUAUUGAUCAGUUUUGCCAUUUGGUGAAACUAUUGCUCUGGCACGGUAGAAACUCUUACAAGCGUUCGGCUCGUUUGGGACAGUUUGUUAUUCAUCGUGGAUUAUUGAUUUCGGUUGCUCAAGCGGUUUAUUCGAUUUCCACCGGAUUUGAACCUUUAGCAUUGUACCAGGGGUGGUUGAUGGUGGGGUAUUCUACAUUGUACACCAUGGCACCAGUGUUUUCGCUUACCAAGGACAACGAUAUCGAUGAGCAUUUGACCAGAUUGUACCCUGAGUUAUACAAGGAGUUGACCCUUGGUAAGUCGUUGUCUUAUAAGACGUUUUUUGUUUGGGUGUUAAUAUCGCUCCACCAAGGCAUAGUUAUACAGAUAUUAUCACAAGCAUUCCAGACUUUAGAUCAAGACAAAUUUAAGACAAUGGUGGCGCUUUCAUUUUCGUGCUUGAUCUACAACGAGUUGAUUAUGGUGGCCAUCUCAGUUUUCAGGUGGAACAAGGUGGUCACCAGUACGGUGGUGAUCACGCUUAUGAUCUAUGUGGUGUCUGUGCCAUUUUUGUCCGACUAUUUUGACUUGGAAUACGUGGCUUCGUUCAGUUAUUUAUGGCAAGUAGCCGUGAUUCUAGCCCUCAGCUUGUUACCCGUGUGGAUCAGCAGAUAUAUAGAGAGGAAAUUGCGGCCUCCCAGUUACGCCAAGGUGCAACAGGAUUAA